AUCAAUAAGAACAUAAAAUCUAAUUUAAACCCUAUUUAAAAUACUUAACUCAAAACCGACCAGAUAACUGAAUGUACAUCUCUAUUUUUAAAAUUAAUGUUCAUUAUUCUUCUCUCUCCUCCUUAUUCCUAUAAAUAAAAUCAUCAUACGCCCACAAAAUUUCUCAAACAACCCACAAAAUCUCUCAAAAAAACCCACAAAACUAAUACCUUUAAUUCUCAAAAAAAUUGAAAAUCAUGAGAGAAUUUUGGACUUCAUUAGCUUCAUUAAUGGGUGUUUUAGCUUUUUGUCAAAGUCUCUUAACAACCAUUUUCCCACCUUCAUUUCGCUACUCUUUUCUGAAAUUCUUAUACACAAUUUCCAGUUACUUCUCUUCUUAUUGUUACUUUGACAUUACAGAAAUUGACGGCGUUAACACUAACGAAUUGUAUAACUCCGUUCAACUCUAUCUUAGCUCCACCGCAGCCGCCACCGCUGCUUCUGCCGGAAGAUUGAGUUUAACUCGCUCUGUUAACUCCUCCGCCGUUACUUUUGGGUUGGCCCACAAUGACACACUGUUUGAUUCUUUUAACGGCGUUUCAGUUCAGUGGGAGCACAUUGUAACCCAAAGACCCCCACAAUCCUUCUCAUGGAGACCCGUACCCGAUGAAAAACGCGGGUUUACUCUUCGGGUCAAAAAAGGGUCCAAAAAUAUGGUGUUGGGUCCGUAUUUGGAUCACAUCAUGGAUCGAGCCGGAGAAAUUCGGAGACAGAAUCAGGAUAGGUAUUUAUAUACCAAUUCCCGGGGCGGGUCCAUGGACGCGGCCCGACCGGGUCACCCGUGGGAAUCGGUUCCCUUUAAGCACCCGUCCACGUUUGAUACGCUGGCGAUCGAACCGAGACGGAAAGCAGAGAUCAUGGCUGAUCUCAAGGAGUUUGCUAACGGGGAAUCAUUUUAUCGCUCAACAGGCCGGGCCUGGAAGCGUGGAUAUUUACUGUACGGCCCGCCCGGGACUGGAAAGUCUAGUAUGAUAGCAGCGAUGGCUAAUUACCUUAAUUACGACAUAUACGAUCUUGAGAUUACUGAAGUGGGGUCCAAUUCUGAGCUAAGAAAACUUCUCAUGAAGACAACUUCGAAAUCGAUUAUUGUUAUCGAGGAUAUCGACUGCUCGAUCGAUUUGUCUGAUCGACAAUCGAAAGAGCGGUCGAAAAACCGUCAAUUACUCUACUCCCAUCACGGGCUUGACGACGGGCCAACCAGGCCCGGGUCGGUAACACUGUCGGGCUUGCUGAAUUUUACCGACGGGUUAUGGUCAUGUUGUGGGAGUGAAAGGAUAUUUGUGUUUACAACGAACCAUGUGGAGAAACUUGAUCCUGCAUUGCUUAGGAGUGGAAGAAUGGAUAUGCACAUUCAUUUGAGUUAUUGUUCAUUUGAAGCAUUGAAGAUUUUAGUGAAGAAUUAUUUGGGGUUAGAGGAAGGUGAUAUCGAAAUGGAGACGUUGAACGAGUUCGAGAGGGUGGUGGACAAGGCGAGGAUGACUCCGGCCGAUGUGAGCGAGGUUUUGAUUAGGCAUAGGAGGGAAAAAAUGAAGGCAUUGAAGGAACUAUUGGAGGAGUUGAAGAAAAGAAUGGAGGGUAAAAAUGGAAGAAGAGCCUUAAAUUCGAGUUUUGAUGAUCAAGAAGAAGAGAAAAGAGAGCUUGAAAUGAUGCAUGGCGGUGGCGGCGGCGGCGGUGGUGUUGGUGGUGAUCAAGAGGAGAAGGAGAAAGAGGGCAAUGUGAUGUUGGAAGAUAAUUUUUGUUCAAUGGAAACUCAUAAUGAAGAUAAUAAAAAGUGUAACUAGUUAGGCAAAAAUAAAUUAGUUUGUAAUGCUUAAUUUCUUGGUUAUUUCUUUAGUUAUCCUUCAAUUAUUUUUGUAACAAAAAAAAAAAACAAAAGUGAAAAGAUUGUGGGGAUAGGAGAAGAGGGGACAAAUGGUAAUGAUGAGAAGAGUGAAAAAUGAGAUUUUGGGAACAUAAAAGUGUUAUGUGCAAGUAUAGUCAAUCUCCAUUGUAGUUUAGGAUGAUGUUGGUUAUCUUGUCUUUCAAUUCUUACUAUUGUUAUGAUCAAAACGGAGUACUCUAGUAGCAAGAUGUGGCACUAAUACCUAUCAUUUU